UAACAUUUUCAAUCACUCUCAUUCACAAGUUAGUCACCAAAAAAACCAAAAAAAAAAAACAAGAAUUAUCAAUGGCAGCCUCAACAAUGGCUCUCUCCUCCGCUGCCUUCGCCGGAAAGGCCGUGAACCUUUCUCCAGAAGUCCUCGGAAGCGGCCGUGUGACAAUGAGGAAGACUGUCGCCAAGCCAAAGGGUCCAUCAGGCAGCCCAUGGUACGGAGAGAGAGUCAAGUACUUGGGUCCAUUCUCCGGCGAACCACCGAGCUACCUUACCGGAGAGUUUCCAGGAGACUACGGAUGGGACACCGCCGGUCUCUCAGCCGAUCCCGAGACAUUCGCAAGAAACCGUGAGCUAGAAGUUAUCCACUGCAGGUGGGCCAUGCUCGGUGCCCUAGGUUGUGUCUUCCCGGAGUUGUUGGCCAGGAACGGAGUCAAGUUCGGAGAGGCGGUUUGGUUCAAAGCCGGUUCACAGAUCUUCAGCGACGGAGGCCUCGACUACUUGGGAAACCCAAGCUUGGUUCACGCUCAGAGCAUUUUGGCUAUUUGGGCCACUCAGGUGAUCUUGAUGGGAGCCGUUGAAGGUUACAGAGUCGCAGGUGAUGGGCCGUUGGGAGAGGCCGAGGACUUGCUCUACCCAGGUGGCAGCUUCGAUCCAUUGGGCUUAUCUACCGACCCAGAGGCCUUCGCGGAGUUGAAGGUGAAGGAGAUCAAGAACGGAAGAUUGGCUAUGUUCUCUAUGUUUGGAUUCUUUGUUCAAGCUAUCGUCACUGGUAAGGGACCUUUGGAGAAUCUUGCUGACCAUUUGGCUGAUCCAGUUAACAACAACGCAUGGGCCUUCGCCACCAACUUCGUCCCUGGAAAAUGAGCCAAAGUUCUUCUAUCUGUUUGUUAUUUGAUUCAGUACAUUGAGUUCGAGUGAGAGUGAGUAAGAGGAGAACGAGUUAAGGUUUGUGUUUGUGAUGGAUGGUUAAGACUUAAAAUUUGUUAAGACUGUAUGAUUUUAUCAUUAAUCAAAUAACUCAUUUUUUCUCUCAA